AUGUCCGGUUCAUUUUGGAAAUUUGGACAAGAUUAUACCACGGAGUCUCCCAUCACAAAAAUUCUGAAUAGUGCCUUUAUCAAAAUCGGUGAAAAUGAAAACUCAGAUAGCAAUUACGAGGGAAAGGAUGGAGCGUAUGAUGAUCUUGGGGAACAUGAUGCAUCAGGGUCAAAUGAUCGUGAGAUCAAAAGUCAAAACCAUGCGGAUAUGAGUAAAACUGACAGAUAUAUCGAUGACGAUAACGAUGACGAUGACGAUGAGGAAUCCAAAAAUGCGAGUACGGUAGAUAAUGAUGAUACAGAAGGUGAUAGCGAUAAUAGCAAAAUGAGCAAAAGCUCAGUGGAUGAUACCUUACCAACCAACGAAGCCGAUUUUGUACAUUAUAGGCCAAAUCUGGACGUCUUGGAUGAUUUGUUAGAUGAUGAAGAACUUUACACGGAGUUAAUGUGCUCUAAUUUCAAAUUGUUGAUAUUUUUAAAAUACCCUGAAGUCCUGUCUAGACUUAUAGAUUAUGUGACGAAUGAGAAUGUCCUUGAGGAGAGUAUUGACGGACCUGUACUUCCGGAGGAGAUAAAUGACGAUGCUGAAGUAGAAGACGAAAUCAAUCCGCGAUAUGAGAAGUUACAAGAAGAGUUGAAGGGUGAGGAUGUUCAACAUGAACCAAGAGGCCAGGACAAUCAAUACGAUCAAGAGCAAGAAGAAGUCGCUAGGAGUGAUAAUACCCAGGAAGACGAAGAGUUGAAGAGUGAAGGUAUUCAAGAAGAAAAUAAUGAGGACGACAUAUCAGAGAUUUCUGAAGAAACUAGUAUUACGCUGCCACCGGAGUCUGAAGAACAAGUUGAGUCAAGAAGGGCCUGUAUGGCAGCUGAAAUACUCUCCGCAGAUGUUUGGCCUAUAUCUUCCGCUAUUAUGGAUAAUGAGGAACUUAUUUCCAAAUUAUGGUGCAUAAUGGAUCAUACAUCGCCCUUAUCCAUCGUCGCAUCAACGUAUUUCAUGAAGAUCAAUGAACGUCUAUUGGAUAUGGACAUCUCAGGAAUGAUGGAGUUCAUACUGCAACAAAUGAACGUUGUAGACAGGUUUUUGAAUCAUAUCGACAACCCCCCUUUAAUGGACUUUUUACUCAAGGUUAUCUCUACAGAUAAACCUGAUACUCCAACAGGUAUCAUUGAAGUUUUGAAGUCUCAAGAUCUGAUUCCAAAACUUUUAGAUCAUCUAAACCCCGAAUACGACACUGCUACUCAAUCCGCUGCGGGUGAUUUUUUAAAGGCAUUUGUAACCAUAAGUGCCAAUUCGAACAAUGAACUUGCUUCUGGAAUUGGUCCAAACGAACUAACAAGGCAGCUAGUUUCUCCAAAAAUGAUGGAGAAGCUCAUCAAGAUCAUGCUCAAAGGUGGUACUUCUUUGAGCAAUGGUGUCGGGAUAAUUAUAGAGUUGAUUAGAAAAAAUAAUUCAGAUUAUGAUUUUGUGCAUGUAAUGUACACCACUUUAGAGACUCAUCCUCCCAAUGAUAGAGAUCCCAUUUAUUUGGGUCAUCUUGUUAAGCUCUUUGCAAAGUAUAUGCCUCUUUUCAACGGAAUUCUGGUAAAAACAAAACUGUCACCUUUAGAGACGCCAUUUGGUAGUAUUGAACCGCUGGGAUUCGAACGAUUCAAAAUUUGUGAACUGGUGGCCGAGCUUCUGCAUUGCUCAAAUAUGACGUUAAUCAACGAAAAGAUUGGGGAAAAGGUUGUCCAUGAACGUGAUGUAGUAAGAGAAAAGAUCAUUGCAAUGGAAAUGCAAGCUAGAAAAGGACACACUGGCUAUUCUAAUACUGUGUCGACCGAAGAUGAAGAGCCUGAGGAAUUUCAGAAGCAAGACAAGACACAAGAAGAAGGUGAGGAGGUGUUCAAAAAGUUGGGUGAUCUGGACUUAUCGAACAAUCGCGCGGAAGAAGAGGAAGAAGAAAGUAAUAAUGAUGAAGCGAGUAGCGGAGAUAAUGACACUGGUAUACGUUCUGAAGACUCGUCUGAUUCGGAACCUACCGAAAAAUCUCUGCGCAACAACGCGGUAGUUGGUGAUCAAUUAAAGAUAGCAUUGCAUGAUACACAGAUUAUUUCAACUAUUCUACGCAUGUUUUUUCGCUUUGCAUGGAACAACUUUUUGCAUAAUGUUGUGUUCGAUAUUGUUCAACAAAUAUUCAAUGGCCCUGCGAAGACGGGGUAUAAUAGAUUUUUGUUGGCAGAUUUAUUAAUCGAUGCCAAUAUAACUAAAAUGAUCAUGGACGGUGAUAAAAAGUGCGCGGAUUACGAAAAGGAGACUGGCUUAAGAUUAGGCUAUAUGGGGCAUUUGACUUUGAUAGCUGAGGAGGUUGCUAAAUUUUCCGCUUAUGUCGAGGAAAUGAAAAUAACUUUUAGUGAUAGCGGAAUAUGGGAGAGUUUGAACGAGCCCAUAUGGAAGAAGUAUACAGAGACAUCUUUAGCUGAAACAAGGGAAAAAUACAACACUGUAUUGGGAGAUUUUGGGGACGAAGAGAACGACAUAAACCCGGAUGAUAUGAUCAAUGAAAAUGACUGUGAUGAGAACGAUAUCGAUCAAGAUUACGUAACUCAUGAGGGCAAAUUGAAUGGCCCUAAUUCUUAUCGCGAUUUUCUAGAGUCAGCACAUGACGACAAUGGUGACGACGAUGACAAGAGCAGCAACUUGGAGAAAUCAAGAUAUUAUGAGUAUACUAAUGGCGAUGGAACAAAAACGCGAUUACAAUUAGAUCCUUCCAUUGAUUAUGAUUUGCCGAAGGAUAAGAUACACGAGGAGCCUGUCAACGAUGAGGAUGACACGGAGGAAGAUAAUAGGUUUAGCAACUAUAUGUCACAUCAACUGGGGAGAAGUUUCGCAGGUAGCUCUAAUUAUGGAAAUGAAGAAUUUGAUAAUGAUCAGCAUGAUGAUCAGCAUGAUGAUCAGGAUGAUGUAGAAUCCCCCGGAAGUGGGCAUGAUGAGUCUUGGAUGAUGGGAUCAGGUGCUUUUCCAAUUACCGGUACUCCUAGGAGGUCACAACCGUCAAACCCUGAAAUAUAUGACAAGAAUGUGUUCCAGCACCAAUUCGAACUUAUAGGUGCGGGCGAAGAAGAUGACUAUAUGGAUCCGAAUGAUGACGGCCAGUCAUAUGCUAAACCAAAUCACCCCUUAUAUAACAACACAAUCACCCCUACAGCCUCACAUAGACCCAAUGAUCUUUUUUACAAGAAAGCUUCAGCUAAUGAUAAUGAAGACGACAUAAGCGACGACAGUGACGCUGAAUUGGAGGACGAAAUGGAACUCGUUGAAAAACAGAAUGACGUAACUGCAUCAAAAGAGGAUAAUGAUAAUGGUUAUUCUCUUUGUAGAUCUACAAGCAAAGAUAAUCUCGUUUGGGAUGAAAACGAGCAGGAUAGAUUAAUGGAAAUGAUUAAUUAUAACAGACAGCAAAAUGCAAAUAAAUAA